AGAGAGUAACUAAAGACAGGGUGGUGAUCGCAGAAUGAGGGUUGCCAAGGUUCGUCGUGUCUCUACAACAAAAGUACGGCCAGCAAGUUAUAUCCAUAAAUCUACAGAUAAAUAUAAGCGGAUUUAUUUAAAUCCAUGGGAUAUAGAAUUUUUGCGACUGGUAUACAUGCAAAGGGGUUUUCUCUUCGCCAAUUCACAAUCAUUACCCAGGCGAGAAGAUGAAGAAGAAAAGACGAAAAAUAAUGUUAUUGUCAAUAACAUGAUAAGUCAUCUUAAAAAUUCUUUGUCAUACACACUUGAUCAUUUGUUUCCUCUAGCUGGUCGUCUUGGCAUCCAGAAAAAUGAAGAUGAUAGCACGAUCUCCUUCUAUAUUAACUGCAACUUUGAGGGUGCAGAGUUCGUUCAUGCCACUACAGAUAUCUCGGUAGAUGACAUCGUCGCUCAGCCCUAUGUUCCUCCAAGCAUAAUAGAUCAAUUUUUUUCCCUAAGCGGGGUAAGAAACUACGAAGGUCAGUCACAACCAUUACUCUCUAUACAAAUAACUGAAUUACUUGACGGUGUAUUCAUAGGGUGCAGCGCAAACCAUUCUGCAUGUGAUGGCACAUCAUUGUGGCGUUUCAUAAAUUUAUGGUCUGAGAUCUCCAGAUCUUCCAAUCAUAAAACUCAAUGUUCUCCUCCUGUUUUUGAGCGUUGGUUUAUCAAGGAUACAGAUUGCCCCAUCCGUCUUCCGUUCUCUUUGGCUGAUGAAUUUUCGGUAGUACUGAAUGUGAGUAAUACUAAUGAUUUGCUGUUUAAGGGUCAUGUAGACAGAUGCUUUCAUUUCACUAAAUCAAAUAUUGCAGAACUAAAAGCGAGGGCCAAUGCAGAAAUAGUUUCUGACACAAAACAAAAUACAGUAGUAAUCUCAUCGUUACAAGCAGUAUUAGCUCACAUUUGGAUCGCAGUAUUACGUGCUAGAAGGAGUUUACAUAGUCAUUGUGCCGAAAUUGAAGAGACUUCGUUUGGAAUUCGGACGAACAACAGAACUAAGUUGAUUCCACCUUUGCCAGAAGCCUACUUUGGUAACUCAACAUCCUAUAUGAAUGUAAUCGCAAAGGAUGAUGAGGUGCUGAAAAGAGGAUUUGGGUUCUUAGCUUCAUUAUUGAACGAGGUGAUUAACUCUAACAAUGAUGAGAAGAUCAGAAGUACAACCGAAAUGAGGACAAAGAAACCUUUUAUUAUCAGUGACGAGGAAGGAAUUAUGAAGAAAGGCUUAAAGGCGAUAGGUUCCCAUAGAUUCAACAUGUAUGGAAACGAUUUUGGUUGGGGUCGACCUAUUGCCACAAAAACCGGUAUUCGUGGCAAAUCAAAUGGAAUGACAGUGUUGAAUGAAGGACCAGAUGAAGGAAGUAUAGAUAUUGAUAUCAGCCUUCCAAUGGAGGUUUUUGAGGCCAUGGAAAAUGAUGCUGAAUUCAUGGAAGCCUUCUCAUAUUAA